AUGUUUUCGCUCUCGCUCAUUGUCCUGCUCUGUGCCAGCUGCCUGGCAAAAUCUCUGGAGGUGAAGUACUCCUUCUCUAAAGCUGUUGGAGGAGGCAGCGGCACUUCGUUCUCCACAGAGGGACCGGGAGGGAUCAGAGCAGUCAGGGUCUGGGAGAUUUCCAGUGCUUACAUUACAGGUAUUCAGCUGAAGAAUAGCAGCCAUUGGUCGCCUUUGGUCGGCAAAAAAGUUGGGACAGCGCUUGAGAUUAACCUGUUUGAUGGAGAAACCAUUUCUCAGAUCUCUGGUAAAUAUCACACCAACUACAUAUACCAAGUGAUAUUCGUGACUUCAAGAGGACGUCUCCUGGUUGCCGGCCAGCCAACACAGAGCUCCUUCAACUUCUACCCACAUCACCCGAAGGCAGAGCUCAAGAUGCUGAGUGGCCGUUUUAAUGGACAUGGGAUUACUUCACUGGCAGCUCACUGGGCAGCUGCUUACAGCAAAAAAUAAUAAAUGACAUUUGAUACUCAACCUGUUUGCUUCAGUCAGGAAAUGAUUACUGCAACUUAAAUAUGCUACAUCAUACUUUAAUUAUACAUGUCUCUUAAAUGAUUUUUACACAAUAAAAAAUGCAUUAAUGAUGAAAGCUUAAAAUAUAUUGAAU